GAAGUAUUCUAUCAAGACUAAAUACAUUCAAAAUCAUUUAGAGUCCGUUCUGUUAGUGUGAUUCCGUUGGGAAAAUACUUUGAAUGUGAAUCAAAAAUAAAGACCAGAGAGAGUUGUUUAGUUUGAGUCGAGUGAAGAUUGAUCUGUCCGUGGCUUCUGACCCACCUGCACUUGUUACAUGAGCAUGCUUGUUUCCUGCAGGUGUAAUCACAGAGGCGAUUGUUUCUUCCACACAGCUCUUUUAUUGAGGACCUAUAAUCUGGCUGUCACCAAUGACUGUCACCUACACAGCCAGAGUUGCAAACGCCCGUUUCUGUGGCUUCUCCAAGCUGCUUCUGGCCUGGAAAGGCAGCAUCUACAAGGUGUUAUACAAAGAGUUCCUGGCUUUCUUUGCCAUGUACACCGCCAUCAGCAUCACAUACAGAUUUUUCCUGUUUGAUGAUCAGAAGAGGUAUUUUGAAAAGCUGGCAAUUUAUUGUAACCACUACGCCAGUCUCAUCCCCAUGUCCUUCGUACUGGGUUUCUAUGUGACCCUGGUGGUGAACCGGUGGUGGAGCCAGUACACCAGCAUCCCGCUCCCUGACAGGCUCAUGUGCGUCCUGUCGGGGGGCCUCCAAGGGACCGAUGAGCGUGGCCGCCUGCUGAGACGAACCAUGAUGCGUUACGCCAGUCUGUCGGCCCUGCUCAUCCUCCGCUCUGUCAGCACGGCCGUAUUCAAGCGUUUCCCCACCAUGGACCACGUUGUGGAGGCGGGAUUCAUGUCAAGAGAGGAACGAAAGAAGUUUGAGGGUCUCCACUCUCCAUAUAACAAAUACUGGAUCCCCUGCGUUUGGUUCACCAACCUGGCGGCUGCAGCUCGCUGUGAGGGCAGGAUCAAAGACGAUCACACACUCAAACUACUGCUGGAGGAGCUGAAUGCGUUCAGAGGGAAGUGCAGCAUGCUGUUUCAUUACGACAUGAUCAGCGUUCCCCUCGUCUACACUCAGGUGGUGACUUUGGCCGUGUACAGUUUUUUCCUGGUGUGUCUGAUCGGUCGCCAGUUCCUGGACCCCAAUCAAGGCUAUCCGGGUCACGACCUGGACCUGUACGUGCCCAUCUUCACCCUGCUGCAGUUCUUCUUUUACGCCGGCUGGCUCAAGGUUGCAGAGCAGCUGAUCAACCCUUUUGGAGAAGACGAUGAUGACUUUGAGACCAACUGGCUUAUAGACAGAAACUUCCAGGUGUCCAUGAUGGCGGUGGACGAUAUGUACGGAGAUCUGCCGAUGAUGGAGAGAGAUCGCUACUGGAACGACUCCAACCCCAGACCCCCCUACACCGCCGCCACUCUCUUUGUCCUCCGCAAACCCUCCUUCCAGGGGUCCACUUUCGACAUGGCGAUCCCUAAAGAGGAGAUGCACUUCCAGCCUCUGGAGGACAUUGCUGAGAACCUGGAGGAGUCAGGCAGUCAUCACCCCAACAUGGCCCUCUUCAACCGCCUGCUCAACGUGGCCCCUUCCCCCACCGGCUUCAUGGGAGGGGCCUUUCGCCGCACCUCAGCACAAGUCCAGAGGCUACGCCACUCUCCCAGCAUUGACCAAUGCACCAGCGAUGAUGAGGAUGAUGAAAGUGUUAAAGUAGGUAAAGGUGGGUCUCUGCCGUCAGGGCUGGGGCAGGAACCCCAGAGCACCGUGUGCAGUUUCAGGGAGGAGAAGAGCGCUAGAACGCCUCUGCUGGAGAUUCAGUUUGGGGAGGAGCGGCAGGAGAGGCGAGGAGGGCACCCUGCUGUCAAUGAGAAGAAGGGAGUGAGGGCAGUAGAGGGGUGGAGUGAGGAAGAGUGGCAGAUGACAGAGGAAAGAAGGGAAGUAGAGAGUACAAGUGGGGAGAUCCAAGCUCCUUCAUCACUGCUUCCUCCUCCCCCCGAUUCCUCGAGAGAGACGUCCACCCAAUCAGCCUCCGCCAUUCCCUUCACCUCCCGUCACCCCUCUGCCUUCCUGUUUCACCCGGCUGCCCACUCCAGUUUGGAGCACUGCAGCUCCCAGCCGGCCAUCAACCAGAACAGAGCCGUGCCCGCUAUUCCCAAACCUCCCUUCGGUGGAAACAAAGUGUCCUUCCUCACCGUGCCGUCUUACGACGAACCUCAGCGCUUCCGCAGCGUGAGCAUGGGAUCAGAGUUCACUGGGUCUUAG